CAGCGCCACUGCGGCUCGGCGGGCGCGUCACGUGGCUGGCGCAGCGCGGCCUCUAGGCUCCGGGCGCGGGCGAGGGGCCGGGCGGGAGGACUGACAGACCCACGGACGCUCUACCGGCGGCAUCCGGCCGGGCGGGCUGAGCGCAGCGCGGGGCGGCCCGGGGACGCCGGGGCCGGGCGGGCUGCGCGCCGCGGGGCAUGGGCGCGCCGGGGGUCCCCGGGCCCAGGCCGGCCGCGGCGGGGCUCCCGGGGCGCGGGGGCAGCGGCGGGCGGGGGUCUUCCCUGGCGGCCGCCGCUGAGACCCCGCGGGGCCCGUGACGCCGCGGCCGAUGUGGCCCCGCGCGCGCUACGGGCCUGCACCGCCACCGCACAAAGACGCCUCGGGAGCCGCCGCCUGCACCCGGGCCGCAGCAGCCACGCCAGCCGGAGCCCGAGCCCUAGCCCGAGCCCGAGCCCGAGCCGCAGCCAGAGCCAGAGCCGGAGCCGCAGCCGGAACCGGAGCCGGAGCCGCGGGGCAGGAGGCGGCGCCCGCGGGCGGCCGGGCCCGGCAUGGAGAAGCGCGCGGCCGCGGGGCUGGAGGGCGCGCCGGGCGCCCGGGCGCAGCUGGCCGUCGUCUGUCUGGUGAACAUCUUUCUCACCGGGAGACUCAGCAGUGCGGUUCCUGCCUUAGCGGCCUGCAGUGGGAAGCUGGAGCAGCACACAGAGCGGCGUGGGGUCAUCUACAGCCCGGCCUGGCCCCUCAACUACCCGCCAGGCACCAACUGCAGCUGGUACAUCCAGGGCGACCGUGGUGACAUGAUUACCAUCAGCUUCCGCAACUUUGACGUGGAGGAGUCCCACCAGUGCUCCCUGGACUGGCUCCUGCUGGGCCCAGCAGCCCCACCCCGCCAGGAGGCCUUCCGCCUCUGUGGCUCCGCCAUCCCACCUGCCUUCAUCUCUGCCCGCGACCAUGUCUGGAUUUUCUUCCACUCAGACGCCUCCAGCUCCGGCCAGGCCCAGGGCUUCCGUCUGUCUUACAUCCGAGGGAAGCUGGGCCAGGCAUCCUGCCAGGCAGAUGAGUUCCGCUGUGACAACGGCAAGUGCCUGCCCGGCCCGUGGCAGUGCAACACGGUGGACGAGUGUGGAGACGGCUCUGAUGAGGGCAACUGCUCGGCGCCCGCCUCCGAGCCUCCGGGCAGCUUGUGCCCCGGGGGGACUUUCCCAUGCAGCGGGGCGCGCUCCACCCGCUGCCUGCCUGUGGAGCGGCGCUGUGACGGCUUGCAGGACUGCGGCGACGGCUCGGAUGAGGCGGGCUGCCCCGACCUGGCGUGCGGCCGGCGGCUGGGCAGCUUCUACGGCUCGUUUGCCUCCCCAGACCUGUUCGGCGCCGCCCGCGGGCCCUCAGACCUUCACUGCACGUGGCUGGUGGACACACAGGACUCCCGGCGGGUGCUGCUGCAGCUGGAACUGCGGCUGGGCUAUGACGACUACGUGCAAGUAUACGAGGGCCUGGGCGAGCGCGGGGACCGCCUGCUGCAGACGCUGUCCUACCGCAGCAACCACCGGCCCGUGAGCCUGGAGGCCGCCCAGGGCCGCCUCACCGUGGCCUACCACGCGCGCGCCCGCAGCGCCGGCCACGGCUUCAAUGCCACCUACCAGGUGAAGGGCUAUUGCCUCCCCUGGGAGCAGCCGUGUGGGAGCAGUAGUGACAGUGACGGGGGCAGCCCGGGCGACCAGGGCUGCUUCUCGGAGCCACAGCGCUGCGAUGGCUGGUGGCAUUGUGCCAGCGGCCGAGACGAGCAGGGCUGCCCUGCCUGCCCGCCCGACCAGUACCCCUGCGAGGGUGGCAGUGGUCUGUGCUACACGCCUGCCGACCGCUGCAACAACCAGAAAAGCUGUCCCGACGGCGCCGAUGAGAAGAACUGCUUCUCCUGCCAGCCCGGCACCUUCCACUGCGGUACCAACCUGUGCAUCUUCGAGACGUGGCGCUGUGACGGCCAGGAAGACUGCCAGGACGGCAGCGAUGAGCACGGGUGCCUGGCCGCCGUGCCCCGCAAGGUCAUCACGGCGGCGCUUAUCGGCAGCCUGGUGUGCGGCCUGCUGCUGGUCAUUGCGCUGGGCUGCGCCUUCAAGCUCUACUCACUGCGCACGCAGGAGUACAGGGCCUUCGAGACCCAGAUGACGCGCAUGGAGGCUGAGUUCGUGCGGCGGGAGGCACCCCCAUCCUACGGUCAGCUCAUCGCCCAGGGCCUCAUUCCACCCGUGGAGGACUUCCCUGUCUACAGUGCGUCCCAGGCCUCUGUGCUGCAGAAUCUUCGCACAGCCAUGCGGAGACAGAUGCGUCGGCACGCCUCCCGCCGGGGGCCCUCCCGCCGCCGCCUCGGCCGCCUCUGGAACCGGCUCUUUCACCGGCCGCGGGCGCCCCGAGGCCACAUCCCACUGCUGACCGCAGCACGCCCCUCACAGACCGUGUUGGGCGAUGGGUUCCUCCAGCCUGCUCCAGGGGCUGCCCCCGACCCCCCAGCACCGCUCAUGGACACAGGCAGCACCAGGGCGGCCGGAGACGGGCCCCCCAGUGCCCCCGGCCAUGCACCGGAGGUGGGACCUUCAGGGCCACCCUUGCCCUCGGGCCUGCGAGACCCAGAGUGCAGGCCCGUGGACAAGGACAGAAAGGUCUGCAGGGAGCCACUGGCAGACGGCCCAGCUCCUGCGGAUGCACCUCGGGAGCCCUGCUCAGCCCAGGACCCGCACCCCCAGGUCUCCACUGCCAGCAGCACCCUGGGCCCCCACUCGCCAGAGCCACUGGGGGUCUGCAGGAGCCCCCCGCCCCCCUGCUCCCCAAUGCUGGAGGCCAGCGAUGAUGAGGCCCUGUUGGUCUGUUGACCGCUGGGCUCGCUGGUGACCGCCACAGCCCCGCUUUGUAACCAGGGAAUACACAGUCAUUUCUA